UGUGGUUGGACCAAGUGCUUAUAUGUCGUACUUUUAUACCCAUACCUCACCAUUUCCCAUCUUUGAGCCAUCUGUACACCAUACAAGAACUCCAGAUAGGGUAUAAAAUGAACGAAAGGUGUCCGAUGGAAAUGUUAAAGCAUGUGACAUCGGUGUUGUAUGUUGACCAGUUGAAAAGCGAGCCUACUGGAGCUUUGAUUUUGCUACAUGGAAGCCGUGGUUCUGGUAAAGAAUUUUAUGAGUCGAUAAAAAAUACACUUGGUGAAGCAGCUCUGUUUCCACACGUAAAGCUAAUUUUUCCGACUGCUCCUCUGACUCACUACUCUCCUUUGGGCGGAGCCAUGGUUACAACUUGGUUCAACAUAUCAGGAUUUUCAAUGGACGCUGCAGAAGAUGAGGGCCAUAUUAAUAACAUAGCUCACGACUUGAUACAGUUGGUUAACCAUGAAGUGGAAUGCGGUAUCCCUGUAAGUAGAAUAGUCAUAGCUGGAUUUUCACGAGGAGAAGGAAUGUCUUUCCAUAUGGGAUACAGAUAUAUAAAAGGUCUGGCAGGAGUUGGAGUGAUAUCCUCGUUUCUUCCCACUUCAAGCCUAGUUUACAAAGAGCUCCGAAACUGUGGAAAAGAACCGUUUCCUUUGUUGUUCCACCAGCACGGUGUAGAUGACAAUCUCGUCGAUUAUAACCUGGCGAAGAAGACGUUCCAAAAUUUGCAGGAUCUCGGUGUCAAAGGUGAUCACAGAAGUUAUGAUCAACUGGGCCAUGAAAUCUCUAAAAAAGAAUUGGAAGAAUUCUAUCAAUUCAUAUAUUCUGUCAUUCCUGACAAUUUGUAGAUACUAUUCAAUUAGAUUUGGUACUAACUUUAUCAUUGUUAUUUUAAUAAUAACAAAAAUGGUCUCAAAUGAAAACAGAA